CUGACCCAGUCCCGAGAGCUGAGCUUGGUCUUGCUCCUGCUGUUAGCUUCGGUGUACACAGCCACCGUGCUGGGAAACCUCCUCAUCAUGGUCACGGUGACCUGGGAGUCUCGCCUGCACACCCCCAUGUACUUCCUGCUCCGCAACCUCUCCGUCUUGGACAUCUGCUUCUCCUCCAUCACUGCCCCCAAGGUCCUGGUAGACCUUCUUUCCAGGAGAAAGACCAUCUCCUUCAACGGCUGCAUCACACAGAUGUUCUUCUUCCACCUCCUCGGUGGGGCAGAUAUUUUCUCUCUCUCCGUGAUGGCCUUCGAUCGCUACGUGGCCAUCUCCAAGCCCCUGCACUAUGUGACCGUCAUGAGCAGGGGCUGGUGCACUGCCCUCAUUGUGGCCUCCUGGCUGGGGGGCUUUGUCCACUCCGUCGUGCAGAUCUCCCUGCUGCUCCCACUCCCCUUCUGUGGACCCAACGUUGUGGAUGGCUUCUACUGUGAUGUCCCCCAGGUCCUCAAACUCGCCUGCACUGACACCUUUGCCCUUGAGGUCUUGAUGAUUUCCAACAAUGGCUUGAUCUCUACACUGUGGUUCCUCUUCCUCCUGGUGUCCUACACAGUCAUCUUGACGAUGCUGAGGUCACUCGGUGAGGGCAGAAAGAAAGCCAUCUCCACCUGCACCGCCCACAUCACCGUGGUGACCCUGCACUUCGUACCCUGCAUCUACGUCUACGCCCGGCCCUUCACCGCCCUCCCCAUGGACAGAGCUGUCUCCAUCACCUUCACUGUCAUCAUCCCUGUCCUGAACCCCAUGAUCUACACCCUGAGGAACCAGGAGAUGAAGUCAGCCAUGAGGAGACUGAAGAGGAGGCUUGGACCGUCCCAAAAGGAAUAGACGGCGUGGAGCUCCCACUGCGGCACAAUGGGAUCGGCAGCCUCUUGCAAGCGCUGGGACGCAAGUUCAAUCCCCGGCCGGCACAGUGGAGUAAAGAUCCUGUGUUGCUGCAGCUGUGGCUUAAGUCGUGACUGCUGUUCGGAUCUGAUCCCUGGCCCAGAAGCUCCACAUGCCGCAGGGUGGCCAAAAAUGAAAAAAAAGGGGGAAGGGGCAGGAAUAGACACCUUGAAGCAGAUUAGAAGAAUCAGAACCAAAAAGUAUUUUCUUACAACACAAUAGAAGAUCCCAAUCAAUAGACCAUUUUUUCUUUCCUUUUUUUUUUUUUUUUCUUGGUCUUUUUGCC